AUGUUUGUGCCAUCUAAAUCUACUAUGAAAGAUUUGAAAGAGGAAAUUUUCUUGAAGCGAAACUCAGCUGAUUUUAUUCAUGAAUUAUUCAUUAUUCUCGCUAUCAAACUUUUGAAAAUUUGUUUUCAUUCUUCUGAUUUUGAACUUUUAUUGAAGAAAACAUUUUCGAUGAAAAUUAUUUCUUCAUCUGAAAAGGCUUCACAGGAAAUGACGUCACAUAUUCUUAAUGUGCACGCGUUAAAAAGAGAUUUUCCUACUGAAAAUUAUUCGAUCUCGGCUGCUCUUCUCUAUCUGGAUUCUUAUAUAAUUUAUUACAACUUCACUUUAAACAUUCUCACAUGUUCUUUGCAAUUUCCAAUAAAAAGAAGUGGACUUAUAAAAUCAAAAACAUAA